UGCAACGUUAAAACUUGAAACUUCAGCUUCUUUCACUCUUUGCUUGCUUUCCAUUCCCAGCAAUAGAGAUGCAGAGCAGUGCGAUUGCUCUGUCUCCUUCCACCCCAUUUCUAAAACCUCCAUGUCGAAUCCCGAGCUGUAAACUCUCUCAACUUUCAGCCUCGACUUGUUUUACACAACUUCACCGUAUCAGUUCUAUUCAGAGACUUUACUGGCAAACAGCUUUUGGCACGUUUUCUACUUCUUCUUCCUCUUUCAAUGCUGAAAUCUCUGCCUCCUUCCUUUCCUUAAACCGAAGUUAUGAUAGUUUGAAGGUCAGGGCUACUCAGGCUGCUGCUCCGGGGCCCGAGAGUGCCGGGGAGGCUCCAGAAUCAAGUGGAUUGGCUCGAACUUUGCAGCUCGGUGCCAUGUUUGGAAUUUGGUACCUGUUGAACAUUUACUUCAACAUCUACAACAAACAGGUUCUGAAAGUCUAUCCAUUUCCAGCCACGGUUACAGCCUUUCAGUUUGCCUGUGGGACUGUCAUGAUUAUCCUGAUGUGGACUCUAAACCUCUACCCCAGACCAAAGAUCACUCGCUCACAGCUUGCAGCAAUUCUACCACUGGCUGUGGCGCACACGAUGGGAAACCUAUUGACCAACAUCAGUAUCCGGAAAGUUGCUGUUUCAUUCACUCACACGAUCAAAGCUAUGGAGCCCUUCUUCACUGUCCUAUUCUCAGCCCUCUUGCUUGCAGAGAGGCCAACUAUCUGGGUGGUUUCUUCUCUUGUACCAAUUGUAGGUGGAGUUGCAUUGGCGUCCUUCACAGAGGCCUCUUUUAAUUGGAUUGGCUUUGGUAGUGCAAUGGCUUCUAAUAUCACUAACCAGUCGCGUAAUGUUCUCAGCAAGAAGUUCAUGGCCAAGAAAGAGGAAUCUUUGGACAAUAUCAAUCUCUUCUCAGUGAUAACCAUCAUUUCUUUCAUACUGUUGCUUCCUUCUGCUAUUCUCUUGGAAGGCGUUAAAUUUAGUCCUUCAUACCUGCAAUCCGCUGCAAACCAAGGAUUGAACAUCAAAGAGUUGUGUGUGAGAUCACUUGUGGCUGGUUUCUGCUUCCACACUUACCAGCAGGUCUCGUAUAUGAUACUGCAGAUGGUAUCACCAGUCACACAUGCGGUAGGGAACUGUGUGAAGCGAGUGGUGGUCAUAGUCUCCUCAGUCAUCUUCUUCCAAACACCGGUCUCACCCAUAAACUCCCUCGGAACUGCUCUGGCUCUUGCCGGAGUCUUCUUAUAUUCAAGAGCCAAGAGAAUUAAGCCAAAGCCCAAGGCUGCUUGAGUUGAGUUUAUCACCAAAGAGGAAAAUCAUGAAGUGAUGCAGAUGUAUUAGUUCUGUGCUCAUCAUUAAUCAUCAUCAAUUGUAUGAAAAAUAGAUAUGAGGAAUUUGGUGCCAUCAUAUGCUGCAUCAGUAGCAACUUAGGCGCAUGGAAAACAGAAUGUGUCAAAAAAAAAACAUUGUAUAGCUUCAUGAGUUCAGAGAAUUAAACUAAAUUAGUGAUCUGUAAAGUGGAAUUUCCCCUUUUUAUUGAGAUUGAAUUCAAACAGCUCUUUAA